CCGGACUUGAAACGAACAACUUGAUAACUUUCUUGUUCAGUUCCGCUUCCGACAAUCUAUGUACCAGCUUUCGCUGCUUACUGCCGCAAUUGGAUGCCGGAACCGGAGUUUGAGUUUCAGUCGGAAUCUCGAGUCUAUCAGGUGAUACGGCUCGAACUCGAGAAAUUUUCUUUCUUUGAUUCCUAGGGUUUGUUAGAAUAGUCGAAUCUAGGGUUAGGGUUUUGUUAGAUUUUAGAGAGAUGAAAGGAAGGUCACAUCACGAGGAUUGGGUUGAUGGAUCUUGGACUGUCGAUUGCGUUUGUGGUGUGAAUUUCGAUGACGGGGAAGAGAUGGUCAACUGUGACGAUUGUGGGGUUUGGGUUCACACUCGCUGCUCUCGUUACGUUAAAGGAGAGGAGCUUUUCACUUGCGACAAGUGUAAGAGAAAGAAGAACAAGAAGAACGUUGAUGAUGAUGAUAUUGAAGAGACCGAGGUUGCUCAGCUGUUGGUUGAGCUGCCCACCAAGACCUUGAGAAUGGAGAGCUCGUGUACUCGGAAUGUGCCUGUCAAGCGUCCGUUUAGGUUAUGGACUGAGAUCCCGACGGAUGAGAAGGUCCAUGUGCAAGGGAUCCCGGGUGGUGACCCGGAUCUCUUUGGAGGAGGUUUGUCUUCGGUUUUCUCACGGGAGCUGUGGAAGUGUACUGGUUAUGUGCCCAAGAAGUUUAACUUCAAGUACAGAGAGUUUCCACACUGGGAUGAGGAUGAGGAUGAGGUUGAGAAUGGGUAUCAGGAAGAAAACGGCGCUGGGGUUUUGUUUUCUAUGUCCAAGGAGAGUUUGAUCGCUGCUCCUGCUAGUGCUUUGGUUGCCAUGAGGAGUGUUGACGAUAGAGGGAUCACAAAAGACCUGGACUCUGGGGAAGCUGAGAUGAAACAUUCUGAGAAGGACAAGAGGUUGCUUCGUCCCUUGAUAACGAGUAAGCGAAGGAAAGAACUCUUUGGAGCUUCUAAAGAGCGGAUGAAGAAGAAAGUCGAAGUUGCUGACAAAGAAGAGGAUGAUAAGAAAGGUGUUUUCGGUAAACCUGCAGUUCGACCAACAAGCGGUUCUAAACCAUCAGAAUCAGAAGGUUUUACUAAAGACUGUGGGAUCGCAAAGACUGAGAAGUCUAAGAAAGCUGCUGUUGAAGAAUCAAUUGAUGGUGAAUCUGGUAAUACAGAAAUUGGUGUUGAAUGCUCCAAAGAACAGAAUCUUUCUGACGUUCAUGCUAAUGGUGCUGGAAAACAGGAAGAGAAAGCUGGCCAUCAUUUCCGAAUUGUGCUUAAGAGCUCUGCUACUGAAGAUCCUUCUGUCCCGGCAGGAAAAGAUGUUCCACACAAUGAAGCUGAUAAUAAGGCAGUGGAGAGACAAGGUACAGUAGCUCCGGGAGAUAAUGCAGUUGAUUCUCCUGAAAAUUUCCAGAAGCCUUCUUUUGGUUCUACAAGAGAAGCUGAAGAAAAAAAAUGUGAUGAUGUCAGCGGGAAAAUCGUUUCCAGGAAGAACAAAGUCCAAAAAGAAAUUGCGGAGACUGGUGCUGGUGGAGCUGUAGGGCAGCAGACUCUGGACUCUAUUGACUCUAGAGUUUCUGAGUCAAACAAAAUGACACAAAGCAGUUCACUUCCUCCUGAUGACCAGAAACCGCACCCUGUUGAUAUGAUAUCCGAAAGAACAAGUGGUGGCAAUAAAGACAGAGCUACUGACUUAAAACGAGAAGUGUUGGUUUCGGAAGCUGAAAAGACCAGUCUGGAAACAAAGCCAUUCAGACCUGUUCCGCACACGUUUUCAGUAUAUAGCAGGCCUAAGAUGGUAGACAGCACUGGGAAAUCAUCGUCUAGUUCAGCCGCGGAAAAGUCACCUAAGCCCUCUACUUCCAGGAACUCUAUACCUCCUCCCUCGAAGCAACAGCCAAGUGAUGGUGAUGAAAAUGCUAAUACUAAUGAUGAGGACUGUGUAUCCAGUGAUGUGAUCCGAGAGAGAGAUGGGGAUGAUGAACAACCUCAAGAGAAAUCUCUGAAAGAACAUUCUAAAUUCCCUAUUACCUCUACGAAAUCGAUGCAGCAGAGCCGUUCAGUUUCCAAGACAAGAGAUUCUUCCUCUUCUUUAAAGGCAGCUCGGCUUAAUGGUGGUUCUUCUGAGGUUUCUGGUAAACAUUCGCUCUCAGGGACCUUCCAGAAAAAUGACCCUAUGCAGUCUAUAACGUCCCUUACCCCAAAUAUAACCGAUGAAGAGCUUGCGUUAAGACUGCACCAUCAACUCAACAGUUCUCCACGAGUUCCUCGUGUCCCACGCAUGAGACAGCCUGGUAGCUUACCCCUGUCUCCAACCGCUACUAGUUUUAAGCGCACUAAGGAUCACACAACGUUUUCCAGAAGGAAAAACAAGGAAGCAUCCAAAGAAGGUAGAAGCAAAUAUCGUGAUGACGAGAGAUGUAGUACGAGGAGUACCAAAUCUCGUCGCCCUCCUGAUUGGAGAACACAUCAAGAGAGAGGAGGGGAAGAAAAGGAAAACCGAAAAGCAUCUUACUCUUCUCGGAGGGUACUUGUCCAGCCAAACUCGACUACAAGCACAAGCAGCGGAGCGUCUUCAUCCAACGAGCAUGAUAAGCCUUCUCCACACAGUUCCCCAAGGAAUAAUGGUACUCCUGUUCAUCAAACUUUGCCUGGCUUAAUCAACGAGAUUAUGAGCAAAGGCAAGAGGAUGACAUAUGAAGAGCUCUGUAACGCCGUCUUGCCGCACUGGCCUCACUUGAGAAAACACAAUGGAGAGCGAUAUGCAUACUCAAGCCAUUCACAGGCUGUUCUUGAUUGUCUAAGGAAUAGGCAUGAAUGGGCUCGUCUGGUUGAUCGUGGCCCCAAGACUAAUUCAGGGAAAAAGAAACGGAGGCUUGAUGCAGCAGAGGACGAGUCAGAUGAGAACGAGAGCAGCAAGGGAGGAAAGAAGCAACUGCAUCACUCUCAAGGAGAAGAGUUUCCCAAAGGGAAAAGGAAAGCAAGGAAACGAAGAAGGCUCUCUCUUCAAAGUAAAGGCAUAAAAGUGUUGCAAAAGAAGCGAAAUGAACAAGUGAGUGAAGAAGACGAGGAAGGUGCGUCGUCGUCGGAUACAAGUGAGGAGAGUGUAUUCUGCGAAGAAGAAGAAGAAGAGGUCCCCACUGCUAGUGCUAGACAAGUCUCUGCUAGUAGCUCCGAGGAAGCUGAAUCCACUUCAUGACUCUUCUCUCUCUAUGUAAUAUAGAAGUAUAUAUAUAUUUUAUGCGUUAUGUAGUUUUGUGUAUUUACCAAAAACUUCUCUUGUGGCCAUCAGAGGUUUGUAGAGAACUCCGACCGCCUCUCUUUUCUUGUCAGACAAAUAAUAAACAUAUGCUUUUCUUA